UCACAUCAGAAAGAAAGAAGAAGUAAAAAUGGCGUCAGUAUCAUUUCUGGUGCGACUUGAUCUCAUGGUAAUGACUAUGACCAUCUUCUUUGCCACCAGCUACGCUGAUCCGAAAGAUCAAGUGUGCGGUGCUGGUGGGCAGAACGGCCUUUACAACUUUGCUUGCAGCAACCAAACGCUGCCGCCGUCGCCCAACCUGCAAGCUGACGUGCUGACCUAUGCCGAGGAUAAGCUGUCCGAGGCGCUUCAAUCGUCUUCCUUCGACGCCUGCGAAGAGAGCAGGACUUACCGCAUAGGUAACGGCCAAGAGGGAACCGCAUUCUUCAUGUACGCGGGUUGCGCGCAUGGCCUCGAUGGUCGUCAGUGCAGGGAGUGCGCGCGGAAUGCAAGCCACGUCAUUCGCGGCUACUGUCUAGACGCGACCUGGGCUCAGGCAGCGUCGGAGUUAUGUUGUGUUCGGUAUCAGAUGUCCAAGUUCUGUACAGUCGUCGGAACAUCGUCGUAACAUGGUAUCGGAGCGUCUUUGUUCGUCGAAAGAUCUUGUGUGUUAUCCGAAUCUAUAAUAACAACAGUAUCAACCCUUGUCUAACCAUUUAGAUUACGUUUGAAGGAUGGUGUACAAGAUGGCACAAAAUCUAUUGCCCAACUUGACAUUAUUUGCGUGCAUGAAAUUCAAAUCCCUAUCAUUCAGGCAACACGACGUUCAUCGUGGCUUAAGUAAGCUAAUCGAAAAUACAAGUAAUGCUAUAAC